UUCCCUUCUCCUGGUGGUCCGCUUUCUCUUCCUCCACCUGCCCUCCAUCCUCCCUUCAGAGGUGCUGUGCACAAUGGGGAAGACAGAGCUGCACUCUUUGUACAAAACCUUCCUUGACUGCCUUUGCCUCUGCUUGUCAAGACGUAGCGUUGAAGCAGCAGGCGACAAUGACCGGGACACAGACAGCGGACACCUGCUGUACAGAAACGGGGACAUCCUGGAGGAGCGAUAUGAGAUACAGGACACGUUAGGGGAGGGGACCUUUGGGAAGGUGGUGCAAUGUUUGGACUAUGGCAGAGGUGGACGUGGAAUAGCUCUGAAGAUCAUUAAGAACAUCGAGAAGUACAGAGAAGCAGCCAAACUGGAGAUUCACGUGCUGGAGAAGAUUAGCAAGAAAGAUCCUGGCAGAAUAUUUCACUGCGUGCAGAUGCUGGACUGGUUCAACUACUACGGCCACAUCUGCAUCUCCUUCGAGCUGCUCUCCCUCAGCACCUUCGACUUCCAGAAAGCAAACAACUUCCUGCCUUAUCCGCUCCACCACGUCCGACACAUGGCCCAGCAGAUCUGCCGCGCCGUCAGCUUUCUCCAUGACAACAGACUGACUCACACCGACCUGAAGCCAGAGAACAUCCUCUUUGUCAACUCCGACUAUUCCCUGGUAUACAACGCUGACAAGAAGUGUAAUGAAAGACGUCUUAAUGACACCACGGUACGACUUGUGGACUUCGGCAGCGCCACAUUUGACCAAGAACACCACUCCACUGUCAUCUCCACACGUCACUACCGAGCCCCGGAGGUCAUACUGGAGUUGGGGUGGAGUCACCCGUGCGAUGUUUGGAGUAUGGGCUGCAUUCUGUUUGAGUACUACGAAGGAGUCACGCUGUACCAGACUCAUGACAAUAAGGAACAUCUUGCCAUGAUGGAGCACAUUCAGGGACAAAUUCCUCAAAGAAUGAUACAAAGGAGCAGAAAGCAGACGUAUUUCCAUCAUGGUCGCCUCAACUGGAACGAGUGCUCCAAGUCUGGUCGAUAUGUGAAAGCCAAGUGCAAGCCUCUACGGGGGUACCUUCUGUCACAGGGGAGAGAACACCACCAGUUUUUUGACCUUUUGGAGAAGAUGCUGGAGUAUGAGCCCUCGAAGCGCAUCUCCCUCUCCUCCGCUCUGAGCCAUCCUUUCUUCAUGCAAGCCCAGCAGCUGGCAAGACGUGCAGCAGUCAGAAACAGCUCCAGUAUGAGCAGAUAGUUUGUACCUGAGCGUAUAAACGCAUUGAGUUCUGCGUCCUGGUUGGCUAAGGGAGAACCCGCAUUGUCUUCUGCGUCCCGAUUGGGACCAUCAGUCAGUCUCCUCCAUGCCAUGCGUCCUGUACAGUACAGAAUGCGUUCAGCGUGCCUAAUUUACAGAACUGUUCGAUCGCGAGCAGCGUGGCUCUUUAGUGCCGUAUGUUUGCAAGUUUUCUCCCCGACAAAACUCCCAAUGUCGACGAAACGCUCUGCACCACCGACAAAGGAACCUGCAGUUGCACCUGAAAGGCAGAGGAAGAUGCUAACCGUUGCACUAAAAGUUGGAAUUCUGGUCAUGCUGAAGGGAGGUAGAAGUUACGCUGCUGUAGGGCGCCAGUCCGGAAUAAAUGAAUCUUGGGUUCGUAGCAUAAAGAAGGAGGAAAAUAACAUUAGGACGACGGCAGCAAUACAUUUGAACAAGGAUGCAAAAAGGGCUGUAACUGUCCGCAAUACCGCUGGGGCAGAAGCAAACCUGAGCAAGUUUAAAGCCAUCAUGGAGGACGGGGGAUAAAAGCCUGAACAGGUCUUUAACGUGGAUGAGACAAACACUACAUUGCUGAUUCAGCCCAUGGACCAAGCCGUGAUCCGCGCUUUCAAGGCCCGCUAUGAGCGCAACAUACUGUAUCUAUUUCCUCAUGUCUGAAAAAGUGUAUGAAGUGUGUGCUGAGGAGUUGCACAGCCUUACAACACAGAUAAGAAAGCAAAAAACAUCCUGUAAAUUAAAAAACAUACACUGUAAACGAAAAAAAACAUGUAUAAUAAACAAAAAAAACACAUCCUGUAAACGAAAAACAUGCACUGUAAAUGAAAAAAACAUAUUUAAUCAAUGAAAAAACAUCCUGUACACGAAAAAACAUGAACAAAAAAACAUAUAUUAAAAAACGGAA